AUGCUAGACGAAAUCCAAAGAUCCGGAAUCUUUCUAGAUUCAAAGACAUUUGUAGACAUGCCAACCAAAAGACCUGAAUCCCAGGUGCUUGCCGCUUUUCAUGACCUUCCUGAAAAUGCCAGUCUUUCUGAUCUUCACAAAUUUCUUAAUGAAAACUUUGAUCCACCGGGCUCCGAAUUGGAUUACCCAAAUCCGGAAGACUGGAAGGACAAUAUUGAGCUGUUCAAUAAUAUCCACGACCCGGAUUUGCUCGAGUUUUCGAAGGAAAUACACUGCAAAUGGAAAAAUCUUAUAAGGGUUGUUAACUUUUCUAGGUUGUGUGAAGGAUGUGUCUCCAGUCAUUUAAAUCUGAAAUUUCCAUUUGUCGUUCCGGGCGGACGAUUUCGCGAGUUCUAUUAUUGGGAUACGUUUUGGAUACUGGAAGGAUUGCUGAUCAGCGAAAUGUGGCAGACGGCAAAGGGGGUUCUUUUAAAUUUUUUCGAAAUUGUGGACCAAUUCGGAUACAUUCCCAAUGGAUCCAGAAUUUACUAUCUCAACCGCUCACAGCCUCCGUUGCUUGUUCAGAUGGUCAAGUUAUAUAUUGAAUAUACGUCGGAUUACUCGAUUCUAUUAUCUGCACUUCCAUUUCUUGAUAGAGAAUACCUGUUUUGGAUGAAUUACCGGGUUGUUGAGCUUGAGCAUGCAACGUCUGGAUCUUUCAAGCACCGUCUUAAUGUGUAUAGGGUGAACAAUACUUUGCCAAGGCCAGAAAGCUUAAUGGAAGACAUUCAUUUGGGAAAAAACUUGCCUGCAGAUGAAGAACGCAUUCGGUUUUACGGGAAUCUUGCAUCUGCAGCGGAGUCUGGCUGGGAUUUUUCUUCACGAUGGUUCAAGUUUGACUCUUUAAAGGAUAAGCACACCCAUCAAGAGUACAGCCAGAUGCACGGCAGUGCUCGGUCAUAUUCGGUUCCGUUUGAAGAUUUGACAUCCAUCGACAUAGUGAGCUUGAUCCCUUUGGAUUUGAAUGCAAUCAUGUUUGCAAAUGAAAAGAUCCUGGCAACAUUUCAUACAAUUAUGACUUUGCACUUUGGUUACGCGCCAUCUGCCAUGGUAGACUUUUACACAAAAAGCGCCGCUUCAAGAUACGAAGCGAUGAAAAUGUUUCUUUGGAGCCCCACUCUUUCCAUGUGGUCGGAUUAUAAUUUCGUGACAAAGAAACUGAGGAACGAGGCAAUCUAUGACUUUGAUGUGCAAAAGCCACAUUCCAAGCCUUUGCUUUCGAAAUUUUAUAUUUCCGAUUUUUCUCCGAUCUGGUAUUUCGAUAAUUGCGAUUUGGAAGGCUUUGAACGCGUAAGCAUCACAACCAGCAGCAACGUCAAUUGCUUGGAUGAUUUGAAAAGAUUAAACGAUCUCGUGCUGAUCAAUUUGCUCGACCAUGUAGAGUGCUCCCUAAAGCAGCAAAACGGCGAUAAGAAUGAGUCUCGCCUGUGGAACUAUCCCGGAGGCAUACCGAUCAGUGAAAUUGUUUCCGGUCAACAAUGGGAUUUUCCUAAUGCAUGGGCCCCUUUUCAAUACUAUCUUGUGUUUGCUCUUUUAAAGAAAAGCCAAUCCACACAAGAUGGGUCUCUCAAAAAUAGACUUAAACAUGCAGCGCUCGAAAUUGCCCAGCGGUGGAUCAAAAGCACCUUUUGCGGAUGGAAGCGGACUGGCCAUUUUUUCGAAAAGUACAAUGUGCUUUAUGCAGGCAUGCCCGGAGAGGGCGGUGAAUAUAUCGUGCAAGAUGGGUUCGGAUGGACCAAUGCGGUUAUUUUAAUGAUGUUGAAGAAAUUUGGCAAAGAUUUGAAGUUACCGAUGGAUUGUAGCAUUCGUCCCCCAAUAUAUCCCUAUUUCAAGUCCACGCUAAAGGCCUCUCUGGUGCGCCACAGUGAACUUGUGCGAUCUUCCAGCGAAAAAUGCUUAAAAGAUCUGCACUCGAUCAUACAAAGCACUGCCCACGAGAAGACUAUUUUGAAUCUGCAUUGA